GGGGGAGCCAUGGGCGGAUGAGGUUUCCUCCCUGCUGCUGGGCCUGUUGGAGCUCAGCGGCCGCCGCUACCUGGGCCGCAGUCUGCUGGCGGAGGCGGCAGCGGGGGCGGCAGCAGCGGGGGCCAGCAACAGCAGCAGCAGGCAGGCUGCGGCCACGGACCCGGCGACGGGGGCUGUGGCUGCGGCGGCAGCACCGGUUGCCUCUCCCCCCGUGGCUGAGGAGGAGCGUGCGGGUGUGUUUUGGGAGGCGCCCUUCCCGCUGCUGGUGCAGGACGACUCCCCCGAUGCGCUGCUGGAGUACGUCAACCGCACCGGCCUGCAGCUGCUGCGGCUGCCCAGCUUCCAGGCUGCCACCGGGGGGGUGAGCCUGGCGGGGCUGAUGGACCCGCAGCACCCGCCCUCGCACACCGACUGGGCCUGGGCUUGCAGCGAGGCGCUGGAGAAGCCGGAGAGGCACUCCACCAUCCCCAUCCUGCGCCUGCGCAUCCCCUCCUCCUCCUCCUCCUCCUCCGCCCCCUCCUCCUCCCCGCCCACGCUGGUGGAGCUUGUGCGUGUGACGGUGUUCGCAGUGGACUCACUGGAGGGGGAGCCCAUCGGGGUGGCGCUGACGGCGGCGGAGUGGCGGGUGCUGCCGGGAGCCGGGCAGGGG